CCGAUAAUGAUGUCGAAAUCAUGAAGUCAUAAAUCAUAAAAUCAUUCCAUUUAAGAAUAUGAAUUUUUUCCAUUUUCAAACAAUUUGCAUCGUUUGGAUUCUUGUCAUCAUCAUUCAGUUUAUUGAUGGAUGUCAAAUUGAUAAUAAAAUGAUGCAUGUAUGUUUACAUACAUAUCUGGAAAGAGAUUUUUCAAUCAUUGAAGAGUUACUAAAACGUCCUCCGUAUAGUAAAAAUGGUCAUAUAUUGAUCGAAGAAAGUGAAUAUGAAGACAUGUGCCUCAAAAUUGAUGAAUUAAAACAUUGUUAUGAACGAAUGAUGUCAUCAUGUAUUUCCUUUGUUCAAUAUGAUCAUAUGAAACGUGUAAUAAAAACAUUACGUUCGUUAUAUGAAAAUCUUUGCGGACAAUCAUUUUUAAUUAGAUAUCUAAUUGAAGGUGGAUAUUGUAUUGAAUAUAUUCGCCAAGAAAGUAUUUGUCUUGAUUCGAAUCCAAACAAUACGAUUCCAUCGCUACCCGAACGUCAACGAUGGCCAUUUUCAUUAACUUCAAUGUUUCGUUUCGAAAUUGGACAUCAGAUUUGCCCAUAUCUGUCAAGCUUUAAUCAAUGCCUUUCACCUUUUAUUGAUUUAAGAUGUCCAGAAACAACACGUGAAUUAUGGAAUAAAUCAAUGAAUAGUUUAUUGAGCAAUUGGUGUUAUAAUAAUGCUAUUAUACGCGAAUUUUCAGUUACAAAUCUGAUUAUUUUAUUAUUAUCACAUCUAAUUAUUUUAAGGUUGGUUGAAUGGUAAUAAAAGAAAGAAUUUAAUUUUUGUAAUACAAUAAAAAAAAUAUUUCUACAAAAAAAACGAAAAAUAAAAACUAAAAUUCAUUCAUUAUGACGGAUUAAUAUCAUCGGAAGACAUCAUCAUUUGUAAUGCGUUCUUU